AUGGGUUGGGGAAGACCACACUCAGUAUCAAAGUUGACAUGGUAUCAACACCUUCAGCAGGCUGGUACAGAGGAGGAGGGGGCGAGAGAUCAUAUCAUAGACAACACUAUCCAGGAUCUCUUCCCUCCAGAACAGCAAGACGAUCAAAGUGCAGCUUCUGGCUCCUCCCCGCCUCCCAGUUCUCGUCGCGCAGCCCCAAUACAGACACUUGCCAAACGAGCGCGCGAGAAUACAGACACGAGACAUAUUGGACGCCGAAAAAGGGCUCAAACUACCUCGAUGGACCAGUCGCAACCGAGUCAACAGAGCCACUACUCGGAUGAUACGGAUAUCACAAUGGGUGAGACAAGUGCAGUUGUGAAUAGUUAG